CCGCAGUUUCCUCUACCUAGGUACCUAAACAGCUCUCUUUAGGGAGAUACAAUGAUUAUUGUUCAUGUCCAAGUGUGAAUCUGAGAAAACAUGGUGGUUGGAUCGUAACAAUAACCCUCUCUCCAAAAGUAUAAAUAGAACUGGAGGUUACAAUAAUAAUUAUCUAAGUACCUAUCUAUUAUAUCUUGGUUACUUUUAACUUAGAGCAUCAAGUUAGUCCUGUAUCAACGAAUCCUCAAGUUUAAAGAUCUUAUUCUGGUAGGGCCUAUCACAAUGUCGACAACCAAUAUCCCGAAAGGCGAACAGCGUCUUUUCACCGUCCAACUUCUCAAUUGGAUUGAGGAGGAACUUGAUAAGGAAGCCGAGGACUUCAACUUAAUAGCUCUCGACAACCAAUAUCAUAGAGUGCCGAAUCUUUGUUUCGGCGAACAUAAGUAUGUAAACCUAUCAGCAGAUACCCGGAUCGAGCGGCAUAACACUGUACGAUUCGGGGAUGAAAGAGAAUUAGAACGCGCUACCCAGGAAGGACGAAGAGAUUUGUUCUUCGUUUUGCGUCCUGAACCUUUUACCAAGAUGCCAGCUCAGUGUUCAAUAAGCCAGGCAGCAGAAGAAAUGCAGGCCACGAUAGUAGCGUGGGAAGCGAGCGAGAAAUGUAGAAACUUAAUCACAGCUAUAGAGUCUGUAGCUAUGCCUCCUAUCGACAAUAUCAUAGCCUUCGGCCUAGGGUCAAUUUCAGCUCGCUCAAGCAGGAGAUCACACCAAAGGGAGCACGCUUUAGCUAUGACGAUAGCGCGUACCUUGGAAAAGAAGAACCCAUCCAGUAAGAUACCUAUCUAUCUCCAAGAUCCUGAUUAUUCAUUUGUUUGUAAGUUGCUACUCCUUGAAAUGGGCUUCCAAGUUAUUGAUGGCCAUGGUGCUCGUGGAUUCACCAUGAUUAACGAACGUACGCUUGUAAUGAGCCACAACGCUUCCAUACCAAUUAGAGAGGUUAUUGCUGACACUUCGCGACCGGCGGUCUUGUACUGCAAGCCCGAAAUUCCACAGGAAGAGCACAAUAAGGAUGAGCACAAUGCGCACCUUGCGAACUCAAUGAAGGACAUGGACUCCGUCCGGACGAAAAGAAUGAUGACUGAAUACGACUUCGUACCAAUCCCUGGAGCGAGUUUAAGCCACUAUGCGUAUUAUGAUUACAACAACAGGGUCCGUGGACAGGGCAAAGACGGCGAACCUUUUGGAAACAGCGUACUGUACGUUAGAAAGCAUGCCUAUGCCUCUCAACCUUUUCAACCCUAGAUCUCCCAACCGGCUCAACCUUCGUAGUCUAGCACUACAUAUGACCUCUGAUUAGAACUUCUUCCGUGGGAGUUAUAUAAGUAGAAAUCACUAGAGUGAGUUAGG